CUAUCUCAGCGUCAACUACCCAGCUGUGACACAUCAGAGAUGGUUGCGAUGGAUUCGAAGCUCAAUGGCGCUGACCCUGAAGCUCCUCCGUCCGAGCGCCGGGGUUCCUUGCUCGUCGAUCCGACUCUUGCAAGUGAGGAGGAUGCUGCAGUUCUAGCUAAGAUGGGGUACAAGCAAGAGCUUCGCCGCAACUUUAGUAUGGUCGAGGUGUUCGGAAUUGCUUUUGCGAUCAUGGGUCUACUGCCUUCGAUUGCCAGUACUCUGUCCUUCUCGAUUCCAGCAGGCCCCGUCGGUCUAGUUUGGGGAUGGUUCCUUGCGUCCAUGUUCAUCUUCGUCGUUGGCCUGGCUAUGGCAGACCUAGGAUCUAGCAUGCCCACAAGUGGAGGCCUGUACUAUUGGACACAUUAUUACGCCUCACCAAAAUGGAGGAACAUGCUCAGUUUCCUUGUUGGGUACAGCAAUACCUUAGGACUCGUCGGCGGCCUUUGCUCCAUUGAUUACGGUUUUGCCCUGCAAUUUCUCUCAGUCAUCGUGAUCGCUCGAGAUGGAAAUUGGGCCCCUACGAACGGCCAGAUCUACGGCGUGUUCCUGGCAACUGUCGUCUCUCACGGCGCGAUUGCAUCGACCAUGGCCAAGUGGAUGGGCAAGUUGCAGUCGGUAUUCGUGGUGAUGAAUUUCGUUCUGAUCUUUGCGACCAUCAUCGCCUUGCCUAUCGGAGCCGGGAGUUCGCGGAACAGCGCCUCGUAUAUCUUCACACAUGUCGAGAAUCUCACAACCUGGCCAUCGGGAUGGGCGUUCAUUCUGUCGUGGCUCAGUCCGAUCUGGACCAUUGGUGGAUUUGAUUCUGCGGUACAUAUCAGCGAGGAAGCCGCCAAUGCCGUCAAGGCUGUACCCCUCGGAAUUCUGUUCUCGAUUGGCUCAUGUUGGAUCUUCGGCUGGAUCUGCUGCAUCGUGAUUGCCGCAUGCAUGUCUCAAGAUCUCGAGCACAUCCUCGGAUCCCCAUUCGGCCAGCCUAUGGCGCAGAUAUAUUUUGACGCGCUGGGCAAGAACGGCGCGCUGGGAUUUAUGUCUCUGUUGAUGAUUGUGCAGUUUCUGAUGGGUAUCUCAAUUUUGGUCGCUGCAUCCCGACAAUCCUGGGCCUUCUCUCGAGAUGGAGCACUGCCCUUUUCGAAAUUCUUCCGGCCCAUCUCCAAGACGUUCGGCUACAUUCCUGUCCGCACGACUAUCGGUUGCGCGAUGCUGGCCGCCAUUCUCGGCUUGCUGUGCCUGAUCGCUCCCGCCGCCGCCGCGGCACUAUUCUCUCUUGCCGUCGCCGGGAACAAUUUAGCCUGGGGUACGCCCAUCUUCUGUCGCGUCGUUUGGGGACAGAGCAAAUUCAGUCCCGGUCCAAUCUAUACGGGCAAGAUGUCCACGCCCAUCGCAUGGCUGGCUGUCUUGUUCCUGAUCUUUGGCACACUGCUGGCCAUGUUUCCUGUGGGUGGCCCGAAUCCGGACUCGGAGAGCAUGAACUAUACCUGCGUCAUCAACUCGGCGGUCUGGGGUGGUGCGUUGUUGUACUAUGCCAUCGAUGCGCGCAAGUGGUUCCGGGGACCGCAGAUCACCAUUGACCUGGAUCAACUUACUGAUGUGCAGGCGGCUGCGCUGCGGGAGGAAGGUGUCAAGGUGGAGGAAGAGGGUGGUAAGGCUGUACUGGGCGGGAGGAGCGAGAGUACCAGCAGUGGUAUUCCAAAGCUGACCUAGCAAGCGGACUGUUGAAUAUUUAUCGAUUUGCAGGUCGCCAUAUGUUGACAGCCGUUCACUGAAGGCUAGUCGGAACAAAAGCAGACAUGAUCUCGUUCGGGAGCUUCCGCUAUAAACAGAAUCUCCCGCGCUUUGGGUACCGGUCUUUUCUGUAUAUGGAUGGGAG